AAUGAAUCGUGAGGUUGAUAAAUCCAAGCCAUAAUACAAAACACAAUACGAUAUACUGAUUCAAAUUAGAUAACAUUAUCAGAUAAUAUGGCUCAUAACCCUAGUGCAGUCAUCGGGCAGAAGUUCGUUGUUCAAGGACCAGAGCCUCAGCACUUAGUUUUCAAGGAAAACAGAAUAUCACUUACUGGUGAUUCCGGCGAGGUGAAGGAUAUUUUUGGUCAGCUCUGGUUCAAGAUCAAGGGCAAGAAACUCAGCUUGAGCGAGAAGAAACGUGUCCUCGACAACGAAGGCAACACCAUCGCAAUGAUCAACGAGAAGCUCUUCUCUAUUCACAGACGCCAGUACAUUUGUCGUGCCGAUGAAACUAAGGUGGCUGAGGUGAAGGCCAAGAGUUUCUUUCAGUUUAAGUCCAAUGCUGAGGUAACGUUUCUAAAGGGUGCCGGUGUGGAAGAUUCGGAUCCCGAUUACAAAAUCUCAGGAUCGUACCUGAAUCGCAACUAUGACAUUGUUGACAUUAGUACGGGCAAUGUGAUGGCUACAGUUCGUAGAGACAUAGUGAAUAUGGCCAAUUUUUUGUUUGGAUCUGAUACCUAUGCUGUGAGCGUCAUGCCAGGCUUUGAUAGUGCCUUCGUAGUGUGUAUUGUUGUGACACUUGAUGAAAUUUUCUCAGACAGGGCAAGAGAUGACUAAUAAAUAUCUCGUAUUCAUCGACUCUCAAA